CACAGCUGCAAAGUCAUAAACCCCGUCUAUUUUUUUUUUUUUUACAAUUAUCUUAAUAAAAUCCCUUAACCACAGUGCUAGCCUUAUGCCUAACCUAAAUUAAGACCAAUAACUAAGUUUUGUUGUAAUACAUUUUUAUGAUAUUGCUAAUUGUUACUUUGUGACUAUUGUAACUAGCUAGUGGAAAAUGCUUUACAUCGAUAUGGUUAUCACAUGCGGUAACGUUAGUUGACUGCAGUGGUUUCCUUGCAGAAUCCUGAUAUUUGUGAGUGAUCAUGGCUGCUACUACUUCAGCCGCGGUUACAGAAUCUCCUGGGCUAGAGACUCAACGCAAAGAAAUCGAGUCUCUGCUUCAGGAACUUGAACUCUGUGCAGGGGAUACUUGGUACCGGGUGGAAAGGGUAUGAGCAGUGGAAGGAGUAUGUGGUGACAGGAGACCAGAACUCCUCAUCUUUCCCUGGACAGAUCGACAACACAGAGCUGUUUGAGGAACUGGAUUCCUAAUAUCUGAAGGAGCGUCUGGUGGAGAAUGAGGACUUUGUGUUGAUCCCUCCUGAAGCAUGGCACAAUCUGCAAGCCUGGUAUGGCAUGGUAGAUGAUCAGCCUGCCCUGGAGCGGAAGGUAAAACAGCGUGGUCACAGAGACGCAGAUAACUUGCAUACCCUAUGGUCAUAUCACAUAGACUGAUUGCCUGACAACUAGGGUUGGGAAUUGCCAUGAACCUUAAGAUAUGAUAUUAUCACAAUACUUAGGUGCAGAUACGAUAUGUAUUGCCAUUCUCACAGUUCUACAGUACCAGUCAAAAGUUUGGACACACCUACUGAAUCAAGUGUUUUUCUUUAUUUCUACUACAUUGUAAAAUAAUAGUGAAGACAAACUAUGAAAUAGCACAUAUGGAAUCAUGUAGUAACCAAAAAAAAAGUGUUCAACAAAUCAAAAUAUAUUUGAUAUUCUUCAAAGUUGCACACUCUUGGCAUUCUCUCAACCAGCUUAGUGAGGUACUCACCUGGAAUGCAUUUCAAUUAACAUGUAAUAAGAGACUUGCUUGGGCCAAGAAACACGAGCAAUGGACAUUAGACUGGUGGAAAUCUGUGUUUUUUGUCUGAUGAGUCCAAAUUUGAGAUUGUUGGUUCCAACCGACAUUUCUUUGUGAGACACGUAGGAACUGAUCUCCGUAUAUGUGGUUCCUACUGUGAAGCAUGGAGGUAUGAUGGUGUGGGGUGCUUUGCUGGUGACACUGUCAGUGAUUUAUUUUGAAUUCAAGGCACACUUAACCAGUAUGGCUACCAUAGCAUUUUGCAGCAAUAUCCCAUCUGGUCUGCUUAGUGGCACUAUCAUUUGUUUUUCAACAGGGCAAUGACCCAACACACCUCCAGGCUGUGUAAGGCCUAUUUAACCAAGAAGGAGAGUGAUGGAGUACUGCAUUAGAUGACCUGGCCUCCACAAUCAUCCAACCUCAACCAAAUUGAGAUGGUUUGGGAUGAGUUGGACCGCAGAGUGAAGGAAAAGCAGCCAGGAAUUGCUCAGCAUAUGUGGGAACACCUUCAAGAUUGUUGGAAAAGCAUUCCAGGUGAAGCUGGUGGAGAGAAUGCUAAGAGUGUGCAAAGCUGUCAAGGCAAAUGGUGGCUACUUUGAAGAACCUCAAAAACAAAAAUAUUUUACUUUUUUGGGGGUUACUACAUGAUUCCAUAUGUGUUAUUUCAUCGUUUGUCCUCACUAUUAUUCUACAAUGUAGAAAAUUGUAAAAAUAAAGAAAAAACAUUGAAUGAGUAGGUGUCCAAACUUUUGACUGGUACUGUAUAUGUUUUGCGAUUCAAUACUAUGAUUUUAUUGUGAUUCCAUCGUCAGAACAUUUUUAUUUAUAUAUAUAUAUAAGAGAACAAGCUUUGAAGGAAAUAGUUUUGGUACAGCCAACUAGCACAAAUAUAAUGUUGGGAACCUUUUAGAUUUUCUCCCCCCCCCAACAUCAUUAAAAUUAUGCACGUGCAUCAAUGUGGCAGAAGGCUGUGCGUUGUUAUGAUUCUGAACAGUCAGAUAGCAGGCAACAAUGACAAGAAGCUUCCAUAUGGGGAAUCGUAGGUGGCCCGUUUCAGCUAGUUGUGUCUUGUUUUCACUUAGUUCAUGCUAAUACGGCUAAAAUUAUUUAGCUAGCUAACCAACAACUGUAAUAAUGUAUGAGACAAGUGCUUAUUGUGAAAAUGCAUUUGUCAAAAAAUCCUUGAGUUGUCCCGAAGUUGUUCACACAUCCAGUUGGUUUUUAAACAACAUCUGUACAUUCACAUCUGUCUACAAACUACUAUGUGAACGUGGACCUGACUAGUGUAGUUGUAUGUCCUACAGACCCUCAUUCAAUGGACAAUGUUGUGUCUAUGAAAAGACAACUGCCGUUGAAGUGUUUCAUUUGUAUUUGGCAGUUAAUUGAAUGUGAUUGAUUCAUCUAUUUCAGGUGGUGGAUAUAUAUAUAUAUAUAUAUACACACACACAGUUUGCACACCCACCCAUCAUAGCUACUAUUGCACCUUUGUGUUUACUUACGGAUGUGAUCUGCACGGCUAAACUGUGCGGUCACAACAUUUUCCAUGUUGCUAUGGAGACACAGGAAGAUUUCCACAGGAUAGACCUCAACCUUGACUGCUGGGUAGAUCCACCACCUUCAGAUACGAUUCAGAAGGUGAUGAUGAAGCAGUUUGAUGUGGUCGAGGGAGCAGAGACCCGGCUGUGGAUGAAGAGCUCAGACACCUACUGUGAGAGGCUGCGGAAUGUCCUCGACUCCAGCAUGACGGUGAUCAUGGAGAUGAGGAAUGAAGAUUACCUGGCCCAGCUCCAGACCGCAGAUCAUUAGGAACUCUGUGGAGGAGCAGGAAGCAUACCGAGGCCAGCCAGGAGUCUGUGGCCUCACCAACCUAGGAAACACAUGUUUCAUGAACUCUGCCCUGCAGUGUCUCAGUAACACCCCUCCACUGACUGAGUACUUCCUGCAGAGUGCCUAUCUGGAGGAGCUCAACUUCACCAACCCUCUGGGCAUGAAGGGGGAGAUAGCAGAGGCCUACGCUGAGGUCAUCAAACAGAUGUGGUCAGGGAGGCACUACUCUGUAGUUCCCCGGCUCUUCAAGCAGCAUGACUCCCAGGAGCUGCUCUCCUUCCUGCUGGAUGGGCUUCAUGAGGAUCUCAACCGGGCCAAGAACAAGGAGUACAUUGAGCUGAGGGAUGCCGAUGGAAGUGGCAGAGGAAGCGUGGCAGAGGAAGCGUGGCAUAACCACCGGCGGCGUAAAACUGUGAUUGUUGACACCUUCCACGGGCUGUUCAAGUCCACCCUGGUUUGCCCCGAGUGCCGCAAAGUGUCGGUCACCUUUGACCCCUUCUGCUACCGCAGUGUGCCCCUGCCUGUUAGCAAGGACCGGGUGAUGGAGGUCUUCUUCGUUUCUCUGGAUCCUGUGGCCAAACCUGUUCAGCAUCGCUUGGUUGUACCCAAAGCUGGAAAAGUGUUUGACCUGUGCUCCGCUCUCUCGGAAAUGACCAAUGUCUCCGUUAAUCAAAUGGUUGUGACUGAUGUGUUCAACCACCGCUUCUAUAAGAUCUACCAUGCUGAUGAGUCUCUAAGCUGCAUCCUGGACCGGGACGACAUAUUUGUGUAUGAGCUGAGCAGUGGCUCUGUGGAGGAGGGGGAUGAGGUGGUGCUGGCUCUGUACCUGAGGGAGCGUUCUCAUUACAUGGACUCUGGCUCAGGGAGUAGCAGCUGCGGUACGUCCCUGUUUGGACACCCACUGCUCAUGGCUGUGCCUCGAGUCCAGUGCAGCCGAACGCCCUCUUUCACCUCUUCCUGCAGCGGCUAGCACCAUACAAACGCUCCACACCGCGUGGCCGCGGCCACCCUAAUCUGGUGGUCCCAGCGCGCACGACCCACGUGGAGUUCCAGGUCUCCGGUAGCCUCUGGAACUGCCGAUCUGCGGCCAACAAGGCAGA